CAGUGGGCUAUUGGGAGUGCGAAGAGAACCUCCACUUCUUCACGCUAUAUAUGGACGCGUUGGAGGACUUGGACUCAAUAGUGAGCCCACGAGUGGACAGAAGCGUUCAGAUGUGUUGUAAUGAUUACAAUGAGUUUAAAGCCAAAGUCCAUUGCAUUCGUCGUGUUUUCGACCAAUUGUUGUUCACUUCGGAGGAAAAUCGCGAAUAUUUCAAGAAUAUGGGCAAAGAUAUCCUCGAAAUACUCCUCAACCACUCGCUGAGGGACCCGACGGAAUGCAUUUCAUCGUACUAUUCAAUGAUAGAGUUCCUGUCGAACACAUCCAACCACGAGGGCAUCAAAGACGAGAUCGGUUACCGUCACAUCCCGUGCCUCUCAUUCUACGACCUCAUCCUCGACUACAUAAUACUGGACUCGUUCGACGACGUGGAG